AUGUUUGUGCAACAGUUCUUUCUUCAUAAACGACCAGGUCGACGAAAGCUGCCUCAUGACGUAGGUCACAAGAGCAUCUUUUGCUGUUCCAUGUCGCAACAUAACGCCUGUGCUGCGCGUAACGACUUUGUAGAGCACUACGUUCGUCAGGUGCGAGCGUGGGAGUCCAGACCUUCGCGUGCUGGGUUCUUCAACGGUCGUCAAGUUCCUGCUCCUAGACCAAGAGGAGCCGUCCGAGCGGCCCGACACAUCACUUCGAACGCAACGGCUACUGGUCGCCAGACACAUGUAGCGCGAGCGCCGUACUUUAGUGAAUCGAACCUGUGGGGCGGCGACGGCUGUGCCCAACAGCGAAACCUAUAUUUGGCGUGGCGGGAGACACUGGAGGCCAGUGAGCUUUGGCGGAGUUCAGAAUCGAGCGAUGAUCUGUACGCGGAGUUCCUUUCCUGGUGGAUCCGAUUCGAAGAGGCCUACAAGGGGCGUUCAUGUGCCGAGCAACAGGCUGGAAGCGAACACAGCGAGCGACAGCGUGCCGCUGGGGACCACACCGAUGCAGCUCACGAAGAGUUGGAUCCGUAUGCCGUGCUUGGAGUUGCCGAGGAUGCAACGCUUGAAACCAUUCGUGCCGCGUACCGCCUCGAGGUCAAACGAUGCCACCCCGAUGCGUUGGGAACCGGUGUGAGCGGCACCACGGAUCCGGCUGCACUUGCUCGUUUCAUAGCAGUUCAGGAGGCCUGGCAGGUUCUGUCGGACUCGGACUUGCGUCGGCAGUAUGACCUGAGUCGUCGUCUGCAGAAGAAAUCUGGAUACAGAUAA